AUGAAUACUACUACAAACAGUAUCAGCAAUGCUCUUUUAGCUGCACCCUAUCAACUCAAUAUUUGGUUUGGUUCAUUUCUUUGGAUAAUAGGUAAUCUUGGUUGUAUUGGUAACAUGAUAGUAUUUCGUUCUCGAUCAUUUCGUAAACGAGCUUAUUCAAUUUAUUUAUUUUCGGCAGCAGUGGCAGAUUUUCAUUAUUUCAAUUUUGUAUUACUUACACGAAUAAUUCAAAAUGGUUUUCGUUUUUCGCUCAUGAAUCGUUUCAUUAUUGUUUGUAAACUGCGACAAUUUAGUACCAUAUGGGGUAAUGUAGUUGGUUUUAGCUUAUUUGCAUUUGCAAUAAUCGAUCGAUUUUUGUCGACACAACGUUCAAAUAAAUAUCGAAAAUGGAGUAAUCGCGUUUAUCUAGCAUAUUUAAUGGUCAUAUUAAUUCCACUCUUUUGGUUUCUUCUUCUUGUCCAUCGGAUUAUUUUAUAUAGAAUCAUCAAUGGCAUAUGUGGUCCAAUAGAAGGUUUCUAUGCUUUCUAUGAUAAUUACUUUCAGGUGAUAUUUUCUUCAACUUCACCAGUAAUUGUUAUUUCUAUAUUGGCCUAUCUACUGAUGAAAAAUGUUCGAAGAAUUGUUCGACGAAGAAUUCAACCCGUUAAUAGUGUGCUUCCAGUCGUCAAUCUAAACAGUUCAAUAAUCAAUCAAAUGGAUACACAAUUAACGGCAAUGUUAAUAUUAGAAUCACUUAUUGCCAUUAUAACAUACGUUCCGUAUGCUACUCAAUUAACGUAUGCAAAUAUAACACAACAAUCCGACAAAACACCAUUACGAUUGGCUUGGGAAAAAGUAUUUACUGAAUUAAUUCAUUUAUUUUCAUACAUAUUUUUCGCAAUGAGUUUCUAUGUAUCAAUCAUUUCAAAUGUUGGUUUUCGUCGAAAAAUCAAAAAAAUAUUAAAAAUGAAAAAGUAUAAAAGAUCGGCAAAUCAAGCAGUUACUUUUCAUCGUAGUUGA